CACCGUAUACACCUUCUGUUGUUAAAUGGAUUUUCAAUGAUUACAUACAUGUAGGCCUGUAUUUUGACAUUAAGUGCUCAUACCUUCGUGUCUUUAUAAUAUUUGUCACAAGUUCACAACAUGAAACAGAAAUAUCACAUACAGUCAAGGGAGACAUUUUAUUACAGAUAUGGUUACACAUUUAUUUAUAUAUUUUCAAAAUUAUAUGGUUAAAAGUAUUUGUUCACAGUUUUUAGUUCAUGCCUUAUGGACUAACAAAUCAUAGUUUGUAUCACCCAUUAACAUGGUAAUUAAAAAUCCUCUUUGUACAUCAUGAUAUCUUAUGCAUAUUAUAUGAACAGAAAUGUGAAAUGCGGGUCUGCAGCUGGAUCUCCCGCAGCCCAGAGCGCGCAGUUCCAUUACCAACUCAAUGCAAAAUGGCCGCCUCCUGCUGGCGUACUGUGACUUUAACAUUUCAACACUAUUGCUUCUUGCUCACUGUAUGCAUCACUCGCUCUUCCAGCGAUCUGAUAAUGGUGUGGGAACUAACCGAUCUAGCCCUAAAGCUUCAGUGGAUUACAGCAGUAAAUCUGUGAAUCCAGCGGGAGGAAAAUGGUGUCAUGAUUGAAAACGUGUCGCUGAUUGGGAUCAUCAAAUAGCAAAUUUUCACUUCCUGUACGUAAAAGAAAGUGAAAGAAAUUUCAGUUCAACAUGACAGUUCAGAGGAGUAAAAAGGACGAUAUACAUUAUCUGAGAAGUGAAAGAAGUUUCCGCACUCUUGUCCAACACGACAGUUCAGAGGAGGAGAAAAGAAGAUCUACAAAUAUUAUCUGAGAUGCGAUUCACAGACUCCGAGUCAGGUUUUGAUGCGUCACUCACUGAUGAUGCACCCAUCUGUUCCUCUAUCCAUUCACAGAGGGCGGCAACCUUCAACGCACGAUCAAGUGUGAGCUGUGAACCAGUGAGGGGCGAUGGCGUCUGUUAAAGAUCUGCUCAAGAAAUCAAUGUAUGAACUGGGAGGAGAUGAUCUAAAGACGUUUCAGUGGUACUUAAAGAAUGAUCAUGAGAGUAUAUCAAAGUCUGACAUGGAGAAUGCAGAUAGGUUAAAAACCGUGGAUAAGAUGGUGGAGUGUUUUGGACCUGAAGAAGCUGUGAAGAUCACUGUGGAGAUCCUGAGGAAGAUAAACCAGAAUAAUCUGGCUGAGCAUCUGGAGAACAAACACAAGCAAGGCACUCAAGCUACCCCUCCUGAUUAUACCGAGAUCAGCUCCAGACUGAAGAACAAAUUAAAACAGGACUACAAGAAGAUAUUUAGAGGUAAUUCAAAAGGAAAGGGUCAAAAGGAAAACUUGAACGAUAUCUUCACUGAUUUAUAUUUGGUGGAGAAUGAGACUGGAGGAAGAGUGAAUGAACACGAGGUGAGACAGAUGGAAUUUAAUCAAAAACAAUGUGAUGCCAAGGACACACCAAUCCAGUGCAAUAAUAUUUUCAAAGUCUGUGAGGAUCAACAAAACAAAACGGUGCUGACUUUGGGGAUCGCAGGGGUGGGGAAAACAUUCUCUGUCCAUAAAUUUAUCCUCGACUGGGCUGAAGGAAAAGAAAAUCAGGAUAUAGCCUUCAUUUUUCCUCUGCCGUUUCGUGAGAUAAACCUGAUUAAAGAGAAUUGCAGUCUCAUGGAACUGCUUAACAAACACUUCUUUUGUGAUCCUAAAGAACUGCCCUCUCUUCCUGAAGGUGAUGGCAGAAUCUUGUUCAUUUUUGAUGGGCUGGAUGAAUGUCGCUUCACUUUGAACUUUAAAGAGGGUGACAGAAUUACAGAUGUUCACACAAAAACAACAGUGAUUGAGAUAAUAAUAAACCUUAUCAAGAAACAUCUGGUUCCUUCUGCUCUUAUCUGGAUCACAUCCAGACCAGCAGCAUCCAGUCUAAUACCCCGUGACUACAUUGAUCAGGUGACUGAAGUGAGAGGAUUUAACAAUGAGCAGAAAGAGCAAUACUUCAAAAAUAACAGCAGUACUGAGGUUUCUGAAAAAAUCAUCAGUCACAUCAAGAAAUACAGGAGUCUGUACAUCAUGUGCCAUAUCCCUGUCUUCUGCUGGAUCUCUCUCACUGCUCUUCAAGAGAACAAUGACAAAACACCCACAACUCUCACAGGAAUGUACACAAGCUUCUUAAUUUCUCAGCAGCAACAGAUGAAAAAAAAAUACUGUGAUGACCCUGAACCCAAAGCCAAUGCAAUGUCUUUUGAUGAGAUAAUUCUGAAGCUUGGGAAACUGGCCUUUCAACAGCUGAAGAAAGGAAACCUGAUUUUCUACAAAGAAGAUCUUGAGGAAUGUGGACUAGAUGUCAGUGAAGGGUCUGUCUACUCUGGGUUAUGUACACGAAUGUUUCAGGAGGAAAAAGCUGUUUCAGAAAGAAACAUUUACAGCUUUGUACAUCUCAGCAUCCAGGAGUUCCUUGCUGCUCUUUAUGUGUUUUUGAUUAACAGAGACAAGAAUGAAAACCCAUUUGAAUCAUGGACAGAAAAACUGACAUGGAAUCUCUUCACAAAGCCACUGUUUAAACUUCAUAAGUCUGCAGUCAACAAGGCUUUACAAAGCAAGAACGGACAUCUGGACCUUUUCCUCCGGUUCCUUCUGGGUCUCUCACUGGAGUCCAAUCAGAGUGACCUGAAGGAACUACUGCCAAAACUGAAGCUGAAAACAGAGAACCUUAAAGACACCAUUGACUAUAUCAAACAGACAAUAGAGAAGGAGAAAUCAGUAGAGAGGACCAUCAAUCUCUUCCACUGUCUGAGUGAACUGAAAGAUGACUUUGUGGAGGAAAUACAGAAGAAUUUGAGCUCAGGAAAUCUUUCAGCACAGAAUCUCUCCUCUGCUCAGUGGUCUGGUCUAGUGUUUGUGCUCCUCAUGUCAGAAGAGACUCAAGAGAUGUUUGAACUGCAGAAAUACAGAGGAUCUGAUGAAGCACUGAUGAGACUGCUGCCAGUGAUCAAAAACACCAGAAGUGCACUGUUACAUAGCUGUAACCUAACGGCUCAGUCCUGUGAGAGUUUAUCUUCAGCUCUACAAUCCUCAAUCUCUUUCCUGAGAGAGCUGGACCUUAGUAACAAUGACCUGCAGGAUUCAGGAGUGAAAUUUCUUUCUGAUGGACUGAAGAGUCCAAACUGUCAGCUGCAGAUUCUGAGAUUUUCCAAAUGUAAUCUCACUGCUCAGUGUUGUGAGAGUUUGUCUUCAGCUCUUCAAUCCUCCAACUCUGUCCUGAGAGAGCUGGACCUGAGUAACAAUGAGCUGCAGGAUUCAGGAAUCAAGCUGGUCUCUGAUGGACUGAAGAGUCCAAACUGUCAGUUGAAGACACUGAGAUUUUCCACAUGUUGUCUCACUGCUCAGUGCUGUAAGAGUUUGUCUUCACCUCUACAAUCCUCAAACUCUGUUCUGAGAGAGCUGGACCUGAGUAGCAAUGACCUGCAGGAUUCUGGAGUGAAGUUUCUUUCUUAUGGACUGGAGAGUCCAAACUGUCAGCUGGAGAUACUGAGGUUGUCUGGUUGUAUGGUGACAGAGGAAGGCUGUGGUUAUGUGUCUUCAGCUCUGAGUUCAAACCCCUCACACCUGAGAGAGCUGGAUCUGAGCUACAAUCACCCAGGAGAUUCAGGAGUCAAGCUGCUUUCUGAAAAACUGGAGGAUCCGACCUGUAAACUGGACAAACUCAAUGUGGAUCAUGGAGGAGAAUCCAGGAUUACAGCAGGGCUACGAAAAUAUGCCUGUUCUCUCACACUGGAUCCAAACGUAGCACACAAGCAUCUGAGUCUGUCUGAGGAGAACAGAAAGGUGACAUGGGUGGAAGAGUCUCAGCCGUAUCCUGAUCAUCCAGACAGAUUUGAUAGUUAUGCUCAGGUGUUGUGUAGUGAGAGUGUGUGUGGACGCUGUUACUGGGAGAUUGAGUGGAACAGUAGUGCUAAUGUGUCUAUAUCAGUGUCAUAUAAGAGCAUCGGCAGGAAGGGAUAUGGUAAAGAAUGUGUGUUUGGAAAUAACGAUCAGUCCUGGAGUUUAAACUGCUCUUCCUCCAGUUACUCAUUCAAACACAAUUCCAUAGUGGCUAAACUCCCUGUAGAGCCCAUCAGCAGUAGAAUAGGAGUGUAUGUGGAUCACAGUGCAGGAACUCUGUCCUUCUACAGUGUCUCUGGAGAUACAAUGAGCCUCAUCCACACAGUCCUGACCACAUUCACUCAACCGCUCUAUCCUGGGUUUACUGUUGGUUAUAAAGGAUCAUCAGUGAAACUGUGUUGAUGAAUCAGAACAGAUUCUAGAGAGAGUCUACCCAUAAUGCUUUGAGAUGUCAUACAGUCUCUUCUUUAUUCUUAAUUACUUCAAUAAUGUGUGAUUGAAAUAACAUGUCAGAAUAAAUGUGUGUAAUAUAUCCAGACAGAUCAAUGCGUGUGACGAUCUGUGUAUCUGUGCUUUUCUCAACCUACAGUUGUGUUUUUUACUGUAACCUCACAUCAGUCAUUUGUAUUAUAUUAUCAUUGAUUUUUCUCUAUUGUUUGUAAUAAAAAGUCAAAUCAUCACGUUUCACCAUA